AUGAUAUCCAUUUAUCAAUGUGUUAAAUUUGAACUUAUCAAUGAAAUAGAUUCAGUAUCAGUGUUUAAUCUAUUUUUAAGUGAAUAUACCUCACCUACAGCGGAUUUAACAUUGUGUCAUCCUACAGCGUUUAAAUAUGAUUCAUCAAAAUGGAUUGCCAGUCUGUCACCAAAUACAGAGCUUAGCAAAACAUUAUGCCCAAUAUCAGGUGGAUUUCAAAUAAGUCAAACACUAGAUUUAAAAAAUAAUGAAGUCCUCUGUGAACCUCAUGUUUAUUCGACUUUGGAAAGUGAGUGCAUGUCAGGUGAAGGUAUCUUAUGGACAUUUUUACAACCUCAAUGUAAUCCAUUCGUACAAAACUAUAAGACUCAAUUUCAAUGUCAUUCAACAUGGAAACUGAAUAGUUUGAAUUAUAUUCUCAUCUAUCAACAAAUAAAUCAGUAUACUUAUGAAUUUUAUCAACUGGUUUAUUUACAAUUACCAGAGGAAUUAUCAAUAGAAUCAAAAACUAUAAAACUAUAUGAAGUACAAAUUCGAAGAGCAUUUGGAAAUUGUGAUGAUGAACGUGUCAGUUGUACUCAUGGUUGCGAACAUAAUGCUAGAAAUCAAUUUUUUUGUCAUAGAAGUUGUCUAGUUCCAGGACAGACUUGUGGUAACAUUAUUCAUGAUUCGUGUAAAUUUCAUCCAAAUUAUUAUGGUACAUGGGAUUUAAUUGAACCAAGUUCAAUCCAAGAAUCAUUGGGAUAUGAACAUCCAAGUAGUCGUUUAAUAGCUCAGUUUUUCAUUAAAAGUGACAAAUUAAUUAUAUCUUCAAUGACUGGUAUAUCGUAUACCAUGAAUUUGUAUUGUGUUAAAGAAAUACAAGAAUCCCUAUAUGAUCGUUAUAUUCUACGAAGUGAUUAUCAAACAAAUGGAUGUUAUUCCAGAGAUCUAUGUUUAGAAAUCUAUCGUGGUAAUAAAAAUGAUUUCGAAACAUCAUCAAAUGUCAAUGCAAUACUUUAUAGAAUGUCUGUCGGUGGUAAACAUCUUUUAACCGAUAUAUGUCAAUUCAAUAAUGAUAAUCACUUAUAUAGUCGAACAAUUUAUCCAUUAAGAGGAAAUAUAUUAAUACGAAAUACAGCGGAUAAAAAAUCUAUCACUCCUACUGGUAUUACUAAAUGUGGACUAUAUCAAAUACGUCUUACUGGUAAAUUGUUUAUUCUCAAUACUGAAACAACACAGUUUGGUAGUCAGGACGAUCUGUUUAAUGUAACAAAUAAACAAUCUAUUAAUAAUCGUUUGGGAAAAGAUGAUCAUACAAAUAUCAUGUCUCAUAUAAAUGGAAAGUUAUUGAAUACAUAUGAAGCUAAUGAUGAUAAAAGCUAUCAAGGACCAUGUUCAAUAGAAAUCAGUGAUUUCAAUCCGCAUCUAGGUAUCUCUGGAGAAUUCGAUAACACACUAAGAAUUAGACAUUAUUGUGAAUCUACCAUUUAUCCUAGUAUAUUUAAAUCAGAUCAUCAAUGUAUUGCAUCGUUUAAUAUUGAUGGAAUUUCAACUAUUUCCUCAUCUUAUUUCUUAAUUAUCACAUAUCUUAAAAUUACAGAUCAGUAUUAUUGUCUAAUCAUUCAAAUCAACAGAAAUAAUGAUGAUAUGAAUAAUAGUAAUGGUAAUAAUCAUAGCAAUCAAAAUUACACAAUCUUUAUGUAUCAUUCACCUCAGUGUCAAUAUGAAACUACACCAUUCGAAGCUAUUAAAUUAGAUGAAAAUAAAGCAUUUGCAAAAUUAUUACUCACUUCAACACAAAGACAAAAUGACAAUUCUACAAGUGGUAGUAGUAGUAGUAGUAAUACUAUUAUAACUCCAAUAUUGAAAUCAUUCAAUAAAAGUUUUUAUUUAUCAUCUAAUAAAUUAACAAGACCAAUUCAACAAUAUACAACAAUUCAUAAUGAUUAUCAACAACAAAAUUUGACACGUUUUAAAGCGUUACGUUUUCUAUCGAAACCAAUUAAAAAAACGCGAAGUUUCUUUAUCAUCAAUAAUCAAUCUUCAUCAAUCUAUUCAACUAUUUCUUCUUAUAAUUAUUUAUUAAUAUUUUUAAUUAUAUUUAGAAUUUAUUGUUAAAUUCAAGAUCCUCAAUUUCUCAUCUUUCUCUGUGUAUACUACUAUCAAAUAUUAUCAGUAGUAUUAGUAGUAGUAUUGAGUAAUAAUAAAUAUGUGAUUGUACAGUAUACAUGAAAUGAUAUAAUGGAUACGAUUAGUAUCGUUGAAACUAUUCAAAUCAGCUUAAUUCAAGAAUGAAUUCAUUGAGAGAAAAAAAGUAAUAGAGCCUUACACACAAAAGAGAAAAAACAAACAACCAACAAGAGAGAAAUUUUUGUUUUCUGAAAUAGAACUUUGUUGAAACCAGGAUGAUUAAGCAAGUUCAAUGGAGUUCCUUUUUCUUCUUUUUAUACAAUUGACUUUUCUUACAGAUUUUAUGUUUGUUGCCAAGAUUGUUCUCUUUCCACACUAUUGGUUCUUCUGUUGUUAAGUGAUUUUUUUCUUAUUUUUAAAAUAAGAUUUUCUUUCAUGUUUUGUGUAAUUUUGAGUGAAUCAAACUUCUAUUAUGUUCAGAUAUUCAUUGUAAGUAAUCAAAACAAACGAGUGUAUAUAUUCUAUAACAACUGCUUACAGUGGUAUAUUUGGUCUAGUGAUCAGUGAAAUAAUUAGGUGAUAAUAAUAAAUGAUGACCAAUAUCCUAAUUAAAAUUUACAAUGAUAA